GUGUUUGUCGUAAGCUAGUCGACUAGUGCUACGACAGCUAAAACAAACAACAACCACAACUGCGCGGAUUUAAAGUCUUUAUAAAAAACUACCUGGGCAUUGAAGUUUGCUAAAGCAAUGGCAGCAUCUUCGUCGUCCUCUUCUGCUGGAGGUGUCAGCGGCAGCUCGGUCACCGGCUCCGGGUUCAGUGCUUCAGAGCUCAUCCCUCCUAGAAAAGUCCUGUAUACGUAUCCUAAAGGCGCAGGUGAAAUGAUGGAAGAUGGCUCUGACAGAUUUUUAUGCGAGUCUGUGUUCAGCUACCAAGUUGCCUCAACACUGAAACAGGUUAAACACGAUCAACAAGUGUCUAGAAUGGAGAAACUCGCAAGCUUGGUGGAAGAGCUGGAAGCAGACGAGUGGCGAUACAAACCAAUCGAACAACUGCUGGGAUUUACACCGUCUUAAAUAAAAAAAUCCAGAUGCCUUUGGUGAAUAAAUCAGCCAAAUAGAAGGAAACGGGAAGGGAAAUGGUUUGUUUUAGUUUGUAAAUUAUAUUCCUUCUUUAUCAUUUUAUUCUAUAUCUAAAGUGUGAAAUAUUAUCUGGAGAUACUGAAUGUGAAAUGUAUUAUUUUAUCACUGUUACUAUUGUAUGAGAAUGGUUUACUUUUUUUGUUUUGUUAUUUGAUGCAAAAUGCUAAAAUAAACAAUAAAAAUACUAUCAUAUACUUAUAACUAAACAAUUUUGUAAUGGAUUUUUCAACUGGUUCAGACUAAUAAAAGUGCUUUGCCGGUCCAAUCUGGUUUUAGCCUCAAUGUUAAAGCAAAUAACAUCUUUGGGAACACAAUAAAUCCAGUCAAAUGAGGCAUUGUGUUUGCACCCAGCUGCACUGUAACUCCUAAAUCUGAAAACCUGCCAGCUAAAGUCUCUCGUCGUCUUACUGUGGGUCCUCAUCCCUGCUCGCUCUAACGGAGCUUGGAGCAAAACAAAGAGGGAGCCUCUAAAUAAAGUCAUACUUGGACAUUC